AUGUCGCGGUUCAGCGCUCGUGGAUUUCGCGUCUUCUUCGCUUCUGUCCUAGUUUUCUCUGCAUUCUGCAGUGUUCAAGGUAAUUCCUGCCCAAACGGUUGGACGUUCUUCGAGGGUUUUUGUUACUUCUUCUCGAACCAAACUGCCACCUGGGUUAAUGCCCGCGAUCGCUGUAAGGAGAUUGGGGGAGACCUAGUGAAUGUGUCUUCGGAUUCGCAAAACGCGUUCGUUGCGUCACAUUACUCAAGCCUUAGUUGCUUAUCCGAGGGGGCCUGGAUAGGGCUUCAUCGUAAUCCAAGAAACACUUCGCGAUGGGUUUGGCUUGAUCAGCUGGACGAGGAACCUAUUUACACAAAAUGGCACAGGAAAGAACCCAUGAACGAUAGCUUGGAUAAAAACUGCACGGAAAUUCACCCCAUUAAGAGCAUAUACUGGUUUGGAAGAGAAUGCUCCGCUAAAGGGUGCUAUAUAUGCAUCAGAGAUGCUAACGAGUGCAACAACUAUAACAUUUGUAGUGGCCAACCUUGUCUCAAUAUUGUUGGAAGCUAUCAGUGUUCUUGUGGUGCAGGUUACCUGACAACAGAACAAGAUAAAGAAUGCGAAGAUAUUGACGAGUGUAAAGACAAAAAUGGCGGAUGUCCUCACGAGUGCCUUAACACACAAGGUAGUUACCUAUGUCACUGCAGAGAUGGAUACGUAACGGAGAGAAAUGGUACAGUUUGUAGACCACAAUAUACUACGCAGAAAACUACAACGAAGAGUGAAAUAAAACCCAUAGCGACAACCGCCAGCGAAACAAACGACACAUAUGUAUCAACUGAACCCCCUCCUGAGCAACCAGCAGAUCAACUAAUAGAAGAGCCAAAGACGUCGCCACUUACAAGCGGAGUGCUCUUCACAAUGGCCAUUCCACUGUGCUUCAUUGUGUGUUUUCUCGUGUUAUGCUACAUCAAGGGGCCUGGAAAAGAAAAGAAUAAAGAGGGUGGUAUUCCCGGACGCCUAAUUGAGUCUGUCUCGCCAUUCUUGGACACUGCUUUUAUUGACCCUAAAGAAAAGAACGGGGAACGUAAGGGUAAGAGGAAAAGCGUCACAACCAAAAAUAGUACGUUUUCUGAGGAGGAGCCUAUGGUAUAGAUACCAUAAGCAUGCCAGUCAAGAAACGCUUCUCUGAAAAGAAACGUCGAAGUGCCAGCUCCCAUCCAACGCAAUCACGCGCGCGUACAACGUAUAUGUAGAUAGUAUUUUGCACAAGAUGAACACAAUUCGAGCUUUGCUUGAAGUAUUGCACGUUAAAUUCAAGAAAUAUAUCGGGAGUGUUGUAAAUUAAUUUGGCGUUGUUUAAGACGUAAAUUAUUACCCGAUUUGAAAACAGCAGAAUUGUCACGAUUGUACCGCUGCCCGCUUUUAACUCACUUUGAAAGCUUAUGGAGAAUUAAACUUUGUACAGUUAUAAUAAUUGGCAUUUCAAAGAGUUCAAAGUUUGAAAAGGCUAGGACAGAAAAAAAACAAUUUUACAAGCCGUGAAAGUUGUUCAACUUAUCCAUCAAAAAUUACUUGGUCAUAUAACCCCGUGCACGCGAUGUCGUAUUAUAAUAACAAUCAGAAAGUGUAUUGAGUCUGACUAAGGGCUAGGUAUGCAAUGAAAUGCCUAAAAGGAAAACGAGACGUGGGACAGUCUGGAGAUAAGUCUGAAAUCUCACGCGCGUCUCUUUUCAUCAUCAUCAUUACAUCUGCCGAGCUUACCUCCUUCCAUCCUGACCAAGGAAGAGCGUUUCAACGCGAAUAGAAGAAAAACCUAGAGAGUACUCUUGUGCAAUGAAUCUAAUUGUUGACAAAUGGCAUUCAAAACAAUGCAUCGGUGCAUCAACAGUCUUCAACAGUAAUGAGAACUGUUGAUAAGUUUUAACUUAAAACUUAACUUUAACUUAAAAGUUACUUAAUUUAGUGUCGUCGCACCUGCAAUAAACAAUUUAUUUGUAUUUGUUAAAAUUAAUAUUUUCGACCUUCCCAGCUACACAGAUAAAAUGGCUUCAUAAUCCUUCCACUAAGAGCCUCUCUCGCAAAAUAAACGCCCCUAUCCCCAAGAAAAGUGUUUUUAGUAGUUACCGCCCUGGCAAUAUGCUCCUCAUUACAAUAAGUACUUCUAUGACAAUAAGCUCCCGUUUAUUUUUAUCCCACUAUACAAUGCCUCCAAUAUGACACGUUUUCGAGAAGUUGGGUACAUGUUACCUACUAGCGGACUAUAUGGGAAGAAUCCACCCUAAAAGGGUAACGGUUACCUUGCCCACGUCAAAGGAAAGAAAACGUAAGGAGUUUAAAAGCUGGGGGUAGAAACAUUUGGGGAGAAACUGUCAUUUAGGUACAUGAAGGUGGUAAAAUCCGAGACUCGCCCAAACGCCGAGUCCCUUAUUUGAAAAUCCGAGACUGAAAUUGACGAACCGAACAGGCACACCUUACCCAAAUCCAAGCGAUGGAAAAGGGAUUGAAAGUAGUGGGUGAAUGCACCGCUGUUUCGCAAUGGAAAUUUAGUUCGCACAUGCGCACUCUUCAUCUGACCAAGUUAAUUAUUUUCCGCGUUAGUUAAGGUUAAACUAUUCGCAUAAUCUUCGCGUCCAUGGCGACUGGAUUGCCUUUUGUUCAUUCAACCAAUGAAAUCGUGCCCUGUAGAUAAUAUAUUAAAGUAAGAAGGAGUGAUACGAUUUCAGUGGCGGUCGAAGGAGCAGUUGAUGUCAAAAAUUUGAGGAAAACCGUUCGAAUUUGGACAAAAAUCAGCAAAACUGCGCUGCUAUGGCGUAUAUAAGGAUGGCUGCCGUUUGAAAAUGUAGUGAAAUGUUUCGUUGCUGAUUUAGGAAGGCCCGAAUUUUUCCCGAGAAAAGUAGCAUGAAGAGAAAAGAUGUUGGUUGUUUCUUAAUCAAAAAGUGAGGUGAGUGUUUUAAUCCGAGUUGUUUUAAGGUCUGUCUGAGCCACACGGUCAUUCCUAAGUGUUGCAUUGCGCACCCCUACUGCGUAUAAUUUUACGCGUGAUUCGCGCGCGCGCAUUAUAAAAUGGCGGCCUUUUCUUUUGGGCUGGACCUCGCCAUAGAGGUAAAUUGUCACUUUCUCAAAAACGA